UCGCUCAGCAGUGAAGACUUCUCCGAUGACGACUUUCAGUUAGUGAGGAGCUGCAAGGCGAAACGAAGAAACACCAGGACCUACCUGUCUUCAAGCACGUCGACUGUAGGAGCAACUCAGAAUCCUUCAGUCAGUACGAUUCUAUUUGUACCAGAACUUGCUACCGACAACCUGAAGCGACUCAACAGACAGUCUGUCUCUAUGCUUCUUGAAGCAGUGACACCAAAUCAAGUCGCGGAUGUCAGAGUCAACGCACGAAAAAAUGUCUUGGCUAUUGACACUGUACAUGAGACUGUGCUGCAAACUUUGAGCAAACUUACGGAACAUGGCGGCAAGAAGGUCCGCUCGUAUAUUCCACUGGACAGUGACACUACUACUGGUGUCAUCUACGACGUUGACGUCUCCAUCUCCAGCGCUGACUUGCCUAUUCUAGUGAAGCCAGCCGCUAAUGGCUUCGCCAUAACUCGCACGUCUCGACUCGGCGAAUCCCGCUGUAUGAAGCUAAUUUUCAAGGGCCAAUCUCUUCCCUCACACGACGAGGUGGGACACUUUAGACACCCCAUACGAUCAUUUAUCCGAAGGCCACUCCAAUGCUGCAACUGCAUGAGGCUGGGGCACAUAAGUGCUGUGUGCGAGAACAUGAGAGCUUGCUCGCGCUGCGCAGAGCCCCACGCUGCAGAUUCCUGUAUAGCCACUGUUCUCAAAUGCCCCAAUUGCAUUGGGUCCCAUGAUGCUACAUCAAAGGACUGUCCCAAAAUGAAGAAGGAAUGGGAGGUAUUCAAGCAGAUGGCGAGAGCCCGUUUAUCUUGUCAGGAAGCUGUUGUGGCCGUUAGAAAGCGACGCUCCAAACACUGUCAAACUUCAAAGAACACAGAUGCCUCCUUGAAGAGCAUGCCACAACCGACAACUCCUCCUCCUCUGCCCCCUAGGCCUGGCGGAGUCGAGUUUGAGGUCGCGCCGCACAACACCAAUACUGAAGCUUGGCCCAUGCUACCAAAGUGGCAGCCACCGCCACAAAUGAAACCACAGCCAAAGAAAUGGCCGGGGCCACAGCCGAUGGCACAGCUGAAGCCACAGUUGAAGCCUCAGCAGGAGCCACAGCCAAAGCCACAACCGAAGCCACGACCGAUGCCACAGCCGGAGCCAUGACCGAUGCCACAGCCGAUGCCACUGCCAGUGCCACAGCUGGAACCACAGUCACAUCAACGGAUACAGCGCACUGCAGUAGAGUCUACAGUGCCGACUCCCGAUAAAUUGUCCAAAGAAGACCAGCAAGUGGUUGUGAUGCUUCGGUCCCUCAUAAAUACCCUUUGUGUACUUUUCAGCAAGUUGCAUACUCCGUCAGUGCGAAGUGCAGUGCAAGUACUGGAUGCUCUUAAUCCAGUGCUUGCAACUCUCGAGUAAGCCCCAUAGCUCACCCACAGCCUCCUAUUUGCGCAACGACCACUGGCCCUUUGGUCGUCCCAGAUGUGAUCAACGCAGAUCACCACCUAUGUAACUCCACUUCGGUGUCACGGUGCUUCACUGCACCCAGUCAUCACUUCCUUCCUCUUUCUUUCUUUCUAUUCCCCCUUUCCCUCAUCCCCAGUGUAGGGUAGCAAACCAGACGCUUGUCUGGUUGACCUACCUGCCUUUCCUCUCCUUGCUCUCUCUCUC